AAACCAAGAAACUUUGCAGUGAUCGUUGCAGAUCGUUAGAAUCGGUUGCUUCGUCGCACCCAGUCGAAGAGCAAAACUUUUCCAGUUUGGAGCUUGAAAUAUCCCAAAUAUGUUGAUGGGUCAUGCUGAAGGGCUGCCAAGGCUGGGAUCAUCCCCGGAGUUUCUGCUUUCUGAUCCUGUUUCAGAGAAGGAUGAGGAAGCUGAUACUCCUACUGAGAUACUAUACAUGGCUUCCUUUGAGGAACUUGCUUCAAAGAAUGUUAUGUAUGACACCAUAAUGUGGGUUUUUAUAUCCCUCAUGUUGGUCUUAGCUUGGGGUAUUGGAAUCUUCAUGUUACUCUAUCUGCCCAUCAGGAGAUAUGUUCUUCAGAGGGAAAUUUCUUCGCGCAAGCUGUUUGUUACUCCGGAUAAGAUAGUGUAUAAGGUGUCGAGACCUUCGUUCAUCCCGUGCUGCGGUGGAGUGAAAUUUGAAAGGCAGGUGCCGCUUUCAAGGGUGAUCGAUAUUAUUAUUGAACAAGGUUGCUUGCAGUCAAUGUUUGGACUACAUACCUUUAGGAUUGAAAGCGUAGUACGUGGCAAACAUGCACCAGUUGAUGAACUACUGGUGCAAGGUUUAUACAAGCCGAGACUUUUGAGGAAGCAGGUAAUUAUCACUGAGGCUUCCAAGGGCAGGCAAGAAGUUGGAGGGAGUUGGAAACCGGCAAGUGAAGGCACUGAGGUUGAAAAUAUGGUGGCAUCGCCAUCUAAAGCACGGAAGAUGAUGGGUUCACCAUGCCGUAUAACAGCUGAGCAUAGAGGUGUUGCUCCGUCUGAGUUGCUGCUUCAUAAGCUCGAUGAAGUUAGUGAAUCAGUAAAGAAACUCGAGUUUCUCUUAGAGAAGCCGCAUGCCUCUCCGGGAAACAGCUAAUGGGAAGUUCACAACAAUUCUGAUGCUAAGAUUUCUGUGGUGUCAAGGAAUGGGGAGUUCACAAGUCACAACAACUUUGCUUGGAUUCUCUGCAAUAGUUUUGGUGCUGUAGUGUUUAGCCUAAUGGAGUGCCCCCAAAAGCAUUGUUUUCCCUAGAUCAUUUUUUGUAAAUAAAUUUUGCCGGUUAUUUGUUUCUCUAAUGUUAGUGAUUGCCAGCAUAUGUUAGAUUGUCAUCCUCAUAAUCUGUACAUCUGAAAGGGAUGUAAAAGUAAUUCAUUUCUUUCCCAUUACUCUCU